AAUUCCGCUUUGUAUUUAUAAUAUGAAUAUCUUACAAUAUGAAUAUACACAUCAAUAACAUAUUUUUUCUUUAUUUCUCUUGACUAUAUUUAUAGUCUAGGUUUACGUUUGAUCUUUCUGAUUUACUCGUACUUAAAUAUUACUUGGAUUUUCCUUCGCUAUAUAUUUAUUGUAUAUGUAUAUUUCGUAAAUUUAUGCUCGGAAGCUAUCUCUCUGUUUUUCUCCUUUUGAUUUCGCGAUCUUCUGCCGGAGAUGGAAGAGGCCCGCAUAAAUUUCCGGGGAAUGAUAUUCUCGCGAGACAUUGCAUUGUUGGACGACGAAACGAAUUCUCUAGAUUCCUCGAGACAUGUGCGAAGCGUUCUAUUAAUGUAACGCAUCGGAUCUCCCAUGCUCUCUCUCUCUCUCUCUCUCUCUCUUUUUCCAAUUGCUUCUCCCGUUCCACCCUUCUCCUGCCUUCUUCCGUUACUUUUCCUCCUCUUUUCCUUCCUCCCGUUCUCCUUCGUUUCACCCUGCGUCGUUAAGAUGGCCGGCAGAGCGUCGCCCUGAGAAGAGAGCCGCCGUGUUUAAACCGUGCGUCGUGUAUAAGAGAGGCGGGGGGAGAAGAGACAGAGAGAAAGGAAGCGAAUGCCUUUGCGAGAUCCUCCUCUCGAACUUGCUUCCGUUUCGAUUUCGAAUGGGAGAGACAUGAAACAUAUUGUAAAUGGGUCGAAAUAAGGAAUGCCUAGAGAAGGACUAGAAGCUAGUCUCUUAGAUGGGAUCUAGUACAUCGUAUGAAAUGUCAUCGAUACGAUCAUUCCUCCUCUUACUCUUCAGUCACUCACUCUCUCUCUCUCUCUCUCUCUCUCUCUCUCUCUCUCCCCUUCUCAUUCUCGUUCAGAGAUUAAGUCGAUAAAGCGAAAUCGAUUCCUGUAUACGAAUGUGACGAUAAAAUCAAUAGAAAUUUACCGACGGUACGAUGAAACUUUACGUUUGCGCUUCACUCGAUUUUAACUCUUUUCGAUCGGAAAGUAUCGUAUACGGUAGUAAGAAUAACGAUCAUGCAAUAAAUUCUUCCAAAAAAGUUUGGUUUAAUUGUCUGGUAGGAAAUGUAAGGAAAUUGUAAGUGUAGUAGAGAGCACGUUGAACAUUGAAGAUCCUGAUUUACUCGUACGUAAUGACGAGUGCACGGAGUAUGACGUCAAAUGCAAUUAGGGGUAUCCGAAGGAAAAAGAGUUCGCUGUGCGAAGUAAAGGUGGCCGUUAUCGGAGCGCCCGGAGUUGGAAAAAGUGCGCUGACGGUGAGGUUCCUAACGAGGCGGUAUAUCGGAGAAUACGAUCACCAAUCUGAAAACAGAUACAAGCACGAAGUGCUGGUGGAUGGAGAACCAAUUCUUUUUGAGAUCUUGGACUCUUGUCCGAAGAGCGACGACGAAAUGCCCUCGAUGGAAACUUUGCAGUGGGCGGACGGCCUGCUGCUCGUUUAUUCGAUAACGGAUCGUACUUCUUUCAAUUUCGUGAGAAAAGCGAAAGAAGCUUUGGCGGUGGCUGAUCCGGAGGCUGCGAUGCCUCUUGCCAUGGUUGGAAACAAAGCCGAUAUGGUUCAUCUGAGACAGGUCAGCGCGGAAGAAGGGGAGAUCUUGGCUAAGGACUUUGAAUGUUGGUUCAGCGAAAUUAGCGCAGCAGAACAGGUCGUCCAAGUAGCCGAAUCGUUUCACGAAUUGUGUCGCGAGGUUCUCGCUGCCAGACGAAGAAACAAGCAGUCCUUGCUCGAUAGGAUGCUCGGUAGCAAGGCAACGAGAACGUAUUCGAGGGGUAAAAGCGAUUCCGCGUUACCCAAGGAUUAAUAAAUACUUUACCUUUAAUAGGGUAGGAUUUUCUGUCGAUUGAGCGAGCGAGCGAGCGAGCGAGCGAGCGAGCGAGCGUGCGAGCGAGAGAGAGAGAUUCCCAGAGAUGAAAGAAGACUCGCGUUGCAUGCGAGUCGAUAAAAAAUCAGGCGCCAAAGAUUGUAUCAUACUGUUAAUAUUUUUUAUCCAAUACCAUUUCUACUACGUAGAACAACUACAUCGUGUACAAGUUUUAAUAACGCACGUUUAUAAAGUAAGUAAAAUCUUUUGCCAAUGGAUGAAAAAUCUCGUGAUUCGUUUUAUUUCGUAGUAACAGUUUGACGGCCACAAACAUUUCACUAAAAGUCUAUCGCAAUCGCAAUUUUCGCCGAGUUCUUCGAGCGAAAAAAGAAAAAAAAAAUAUAUAUAUAUAUAUAUCCAUAAUUCCAUCGAACGUAGUCUCCUUCAUAGUAGAUGCUUCAGAAGCAUCGCUUUCCCAAAGUGCGUUGAUUAAUGAGUUAUCGAUGAAUAAUUACAGCAGAGACAAGUGCCUUUGAUUAAAGGCUGUAGGCUUUUUGUCGUAAGCGGUAUCGAGAAAUAACGGCAGAGUGUUAAUAAAUUCACGACUUUAGAAAGGUCCAUCAUCGAUUGUUUUAUAAUCUUCGGCUCGAUCCAAGGCUUUUGGAUAUUAAGCACAGACACCUACCACGGAUAAAAUUUGGCAGAAACGGUCAAAGCUGUAACGAUCGAUUUAUAGAUAUUUAUUUUGUACUUACAAUAAGAAAAUGUGAAAUAAAUAUUUUACUUAUUUAUUAUAGUACCGAA